GUUGUCAGUAAAAGUUAUAAAUCUGCACUUUCGUGAGUUUAAAGGAAGCCUAGUUUCUGCCGCUUGUUUCUGUUCAAAUGAGAGUGGUGGUCACCCCUCUCCGGUAUGGGCGUGGCAGAAAUACUCGACGGCUUCGCACAUGCGCACAUCAUUUCGAGUAUCGCUUUAGUGAUUAACAUACACAGCAAUGGGCAGUAAGCAGACAGCACAACAGCGGUCUACGUAUAGCCACAAUAGAAAUGCCACACACUAGACAGCUUGUGGUGAUUUCAAAACAGACGAAGAAUGUCCCAAUCGGUGAGGGUGGGAGGCGUGACGAGUUUGUCCUGUUUUUCUUCUUGCUGUUGAAAUGAGAGCUUAGAUCACUGACUGAUCAGAGAGGGAGGGAGGUGGCCAUCAUCCCCUGGCCAUCAUCAAUCUCAAGAGUACCCGGCGCCAUCGCAUCACACAGCUUUGUGUUUCAGUAAGUAACAACCAGUAUGGAGUUAAAAUCCAAGGAAAACCAUAAAAAAUCCGCAAGGAUGUCGCGUAAUUGUGUGUGGCUGAGCACCAGUCUCGGCUAAGCUUCUAAGGGUUGGCAUCUGUUUCACAAGAGAUCUGCAGUGUGGCAUGAGCAUUUUCUGUGAGGAAGACUGGUUGCAAGUGUCUUCAUUGCUCAUGCGUGUGUUAGCAUAAUGUUGCCAGGCGUUGGUGUAUUUGGAACAGGGCAGACAGUGCGUGCCCUGGUGCCAUUGCUCCAAAGAGAAGGCUUCCCUGUUCAGGCCGUUUGGGGCCGUACCCAAGAGGAGGCAGAAUCACUGGCCAACGAGUUGGACAUUCCCUUCUCCACCAGCAAAACAGACGAUGUACUGCUACAUCCAGAAGUCCAUCUUGUCUGUAUAUUGACACCACCACCACACACACGGCAGAUCGCAGUAAAAGCUCUAGGUAUAGGUAAAAAUGUGAUCAGUGAGCAGGCGGCUACAUUGAUGGAUGCUUGUAAGAUGGUGACAGCGGCCAGAUAUUACCCACAGCUUAUGAGUAUUAUGGGAAAUUCCUUGCGCUUCUUGCCCGCCUUCGUCCAAAUGAAACGCAUGCUGGGGGAGGGUUAUUGUGGGACCUUGCAGGUAUGUGAAGCACGUGUAUAUGGAGGCUCAUUGCUCAGUCAGUCAUAUGGAUGGGCAUGGGAGGAGCUUAUGGGGGGAGGUGGCCUUCAUACUAUUGGCUCUUGCAUCAUUGACCUGAUGAGCCAUCUGACAGGGCGUCGGGCCAUGCGGGUGCACGGAAUGCUCCGGACUUUUGCACGUCAGGGUGGUCAAGGGGGAGGAAUUCGUUCUGUAACUGCAGAUGACUACGCUUGCUUUCAGCUACUGAUGAGCGGAGGUGUGGUCUGCAGCGUGACGUUAAACUUUAAUUUGCCCGGCACAGAUAUGCAUGAGGUCAUGCUUGUGGGAUCAUCAGGGCGUCUCAUUGCUCGAGGAACAGAGCUAUAUGGUCAACGGACCAGCAUGCAGAUAGAGGAGAUUCUUCUGAGUGAUGAUGGAGGAGGAGUAGGGCCAUCUGUCAGGGGACUGAACGCCAUGGUGACUCAGCUCAGACUUUCUUUUCAGGCACAGGAGGACAGGCGCUCUUGGGUGCGGCACCCUGUUUCCAUGGCAGCCUCAUUUGAGGAUGGCCUCUAUGUACAGACAGUUGUCGAUGCCAUCAAACGGUCAAAUCGCACUGGAGAGUGGGAGUCAGUGGAGGUCAAGAUCCAGGAUGUGGAUCCUAACCACAACCACUGAGCCCUAUCACACUAAAACCACACACUGUUACAUUCUACACAUAUACAAUUUACAAUGCCUAAGAAGAUUAGGCCUGGUAACAUUAUUGACCCGAGUUUACAAUAAAAUAACUACGUUCGAAUUUUAUCAGUGGACUUAAGACGUCUGUGCUUGUUAAACAUAGAAAAAUUUUAGUUUCAGGACUGUUUUGUUUCUAAUUUACUGUAACACAAAUAAGAUGUGUGAAGCUUAGCUGUGAAACUCUUACUAAUUUUAUGUUGUUUUGAGAUUAAUUUACAUUAUACUGCUUAAGUUUGAGCUCAUUUUUAUAUUUGUAUAAAGUACUGAUUAUAAGGUUUAUUUCUGCUGAUGUUUUGUAUAUGCGAGAAAGUUCAGUGGCACUGAUUUACUUCCUAUGCUGGACACUAGAUAUCAUUACUGUAAUAUGCCCGUGACUUAAAUAAGUAACGUCCAGUGUAUUGGACAUGUUAAUGGUUCUAAUAAGCUGCACAAAGUUUCUUGAAUUAUAUUUUAUUGCAGAA